AUGUCUCACAACACGAUGGAAUAUUGGAAGAGUAAAUUGAGCAAAACAAGCACGUCGACGUAUGUCCUGUUGGCCGUGAUUGCUGUCGUAUUUUUGGUUACAAUCAAAAGGCCCAGUGACAAGGGAAAAAGAAAUAAAAAGAGAGGUUUGAAGAAGAGCAAGAAGAGCAAGGCUCAGUUUGAGAAAGCACCAGUAUCUUUGACGUUGGAAGAGCAGAUCGAAAAUGUGUCUUUGAGAUACAGCAACGAGCUCGCAGGUCGUAGCAGGGACCUAAUAAAUAGAUUUGACGCCAAAGAUGAAAAGGAUAUUUAUGAACGCAACUACUGCAACGAGAUGCUUUUGAAACUACUCAUUGAGUUGGACGGUAUUGAUUUGAUCAAUGUGGAAGAGUCCUUGAGGAAGUCUUUGAAGGAAAAAAGGAAGGCCGUCAUAAAGGAAAUUCAGGCCAUGUUGAAAAGUUUAGAUUCUCUUAAAUAA